AUGCAAGAAAAUGUAAUUCAACUAAAUAAUGAUACAAAACCGAAUCAAGAUGGAUGGGAAAUUAAACAGAGAAGAGUGAGGAGUUCAAGAAAAAAUGUGGGCGAAUCGAACGAGAACACUAAUUUCAAGGGUGCUACAAAUAAUAAACCAAAGUGUUAUAUGUACAUCUACAGAGUAGGAAAAGAAGUGAAUGAAAAUGAUAUCACAUCUUUCAUAGGAAACAAACUAAACAUACAGCAGAAUAAUAUGAAACACAGCGAGCAAAUUAUUAUAAAGAAAAUUCAGUGCAAUAGUAUAAAUACAAUAAGUUUCAUAGUUGCCACAGACUUUAGUCACAAGGAUAAAAUGUAUACUCCUUCUUUCUGGCCUGAAGGGGUAUGCUAUAGAAGAUUUGAUUUUAAAAAAUAUUAUGAAGAUUUUAAAAUCAGAGAUGUUAUCAAUGACGAUGGAGGCAAUAUAGGAAAUUCUCAAGGAUCGGGAAUCUGA